AUGCUCACGCUCGCGCCGACCUUUGCGUGCCGCCGCGCGUCCCCGCGCCUCAUCCACGAAUUCCAACACAUCGCGCAGCGGCAGUUCACGACGUCCCCGCCGCAGACGCUCUCCGAUGCGACUACGGCGGCGCCCGCCACCCCCACAGGGCUCACAGGCACCGCGCCAUACCACACCGCGCUCGUGCUUCUGCACACCCAUGCGCCGCCGGCAGAAUACCCCGCGCGGUCCCGCUCUCCCCUGUGGCGCGCGUUGACGAUGAAGGCGCGCGGCUGGGGCGGCACCGUCAACUUCGUGUGGUCCCCGGAGCUGCGCCCCCUCCCAGGCUAUACGGGGCUCGGCGAGGACAAGGCGGCCGAUGACCUAGGACGAGAGGCGUACACGGCCUCAGUAUUCUCGCACGCGCAUCGAUACGGCCGGCUGGAGAUCCCAGAGGUCUCGCUCGCGAACCUCGACGAGAUAGACGAGAGUUUGCGGAAGCUCGUGCUUGGAGAUGCUUCGGGCUCUUCUGGCGGGAGGAAGCUCGCGCAGGAAGAAGGGGAGGCGCUCGACCGCCGGCUGCACUUGUACGUCUGCACGCAUGGCUCGCGGGACUGCAGGUGCGGCGAGGGCGGGGUCGCCGUCGCCCGUGCCCUCAGACGGGAGCUGGAUAAACGCGGGAUCUGCCCGAAGGACGUCGUGCUGGGCCAAGUCGCGCACGUUGGCGGUCACAAAUACGCCGCGAAUGUGCUCGUAUAUCCGUACGGAGAUUGGCUAGGAAACGUCCAGGACUUCGACGUCCCUCAUCUCCUCGACGAAAUCCUAGCAGCACACGCCGCGCGUCAACAGCAGCCCACACAAUCUGCGACGAACGCUCAGGAGUUGCCUCCCCUGUCUCCAGUUUUCUGGCGCGGACGCAUGGGCCUCGACAAGGACGAGCAGAUCGCGCUGCUAUCGCGAACCACAUAG